AUGCCCCCCAAGCUGUUACUUGCGAGCGAGGUUGCCGCAUUCACGGAUACCGAGCUUGACCAGUACCUCGAAGCAGGUCGCUUGCCGAAUGGCGACCGCAUGGUCGAAGUCGAGGACCCGGACAAUCUUCCCGAGUCUUUUAUCCAGCGCCUGCGAGUCGACACGCCCUCGCUCCCAUUCAACCUCAAGCUCUUCGACGUCAUGCUCGACGGAGGCCGGCCCUUUUACCCCAUCGAGCUGCUCCCAGGACUUUCUCGCCAUCCCGAGCAGUACGAGGAGAUCCUACGCUACUGGCGCGAGCCGUCCGUACACUUCUGGCAGAUCUUCUCGACCCAAAACAGAUGGGUGAAAAGGGAAGAUGGCCUGGUAUCAGAGGUGGAUGUCAAGAUUGCUGGCAAAAUACUCAAUAACGCCGCCGCCGUUUGA